AUGCUUGCUACGCUGCGCCGCCUCAAUCCUUUCGCAAUGUCGUCUGCCCAGCUUGAUCUGCUUGCAAAAUACACUGCUUGCGACGUCUCGGAUGCCCUGCUCAAGCUCAAUGUCCCGGGCGCGGGCUUCAUUCCAGACAUAGGCCCGCUCAAGGCCGGAACGACCCGCGUGGUAGCCCCGGCCAGCACAGUCCACUUCUCUCCCAAGACCACCCAAUCGUUUCCUCAGCCUGUUGGCGACAAGCCGGAGUUGAAAGAUCCCGCGGACAAGAACGCAAGCAAGAUCGCACCGGGGACGCCCUACGCCGACCUCGUCAACCCAGAGACAAUUGUCGUGCUGUCACAGCCAGAAGGGCAAGCCUGCGCAGUGGUUGGCGGAAUCAAUGGCGUGCGCAUGGAACAGUUGGGAGCGAAAGGCGUGCUGGUCUCUGGAAGAGUCAGGGAUUUGGAUACUCUGAAGGGGCUCAAGAUCCCGGUAUGGAGCAAGGGAACGAGCAGCGUGGGCGCCGGAGCUCAGACGAAGGCCUACGCCGUGGGGUAUCCAGUCGAGCUUGGUGAUGUGACGGUGGUGUCGGGAGAUAUUGUCAUGCUGGACCCAGCCGAGAACAGUGCUGUCGUGAUCCCAAAGGACAAGGUUGACGCGGUGCUAGAGCUCGUUCCGAAGCUGGUCGACGCGGACGAGAAAUGCAUGGCCGACGUGUUGGCCGGGGGGACGGUCAAGGAGGCAUUCGCGACGCAUAGAGGCCAAUAG